GCAAAACAGUCAAACAGAAAUCUUUGAAACGCGUUGAAUUGUGCGACACGAGUCAAUCAAAUACACACACACAUAUAUAUACAAAAUAAUACAUAAAAAGAAUACAUUGUGAUUUUUUUUGGUUCUGAUUAGAAAGUGAAUAUAUAUAUAAACGCACACACAAGCACAAGCUGACCAAGUCCAAUUGGAACAAACACAAGAAAACAGCGGUGCGCGUGAAAACAACCCGAAGCAAAAAGCAGAAGCAGCGGCAGCAGCAAGCGCAAGAAGUUUUUUUAGAUUUAUCUAACACACACACACACACACAAACACAAACAAAAAAACAAAAAUGGCCGAGUCUAAUAAGAGAAAUAUUCCCAUCAAAUUGGGCGACUUCAGCGUUAUCGAUACGGAAUUCAGCAGCAUACGUGAACGCUUCGAUUCCGAGAUGCGUAAAAUGGAGGAGGAGAUGGCCAAGUUCCGUCACGAGCUGAUGAACCGCGAGGCCAAUUUCUUCGAGUCCACCAGCUCUACUAAAAAAACAACAACUACAACCAGCUCAACGACAAACUCGGCGCUGCCCUCACGCGUGCCCAAGCAACAGAAUUAUGUGUCGGACAUUAGCUCGCCUUUGAUUCAGGAUGAGGGCGACAACAAAGUGCUGAAGCUGCGCUUCGAUGUCAGCCAAUAUGCGCCCGAGGAGAUUGUCGUCAAAACUGUCGAUCAGAAGCUGCUUGUGCAUGCCAAGCACGAGGAGAAAUCAGACACAAAGAGCGUUUACAGGGAAUACAAUCGCGAAUUUCUGCUGCCCAAGGGCGUUAAUCCCGAGUCGAUACGCUCGUCCCUCAGCAAGGAUGGUGUCCUGACCGUGGACGCGCCCUUGCCAGCGCUCACUGCCGGCGAAACCUUGAUACCCAUUGCGCACAAGUGAACAGCCAGAGACGUUCCCGCCACCCCCAUCCCUGAGAGCAGCACGGGCAGCAUCUUCUCCAGCAAUAAAGCCCGCAAUAAACACACAAUAUAUCAACCUAUCCGCAACAGAUGCCCAGCGUAUUUCUAGCACCAUACUAAAAAAAAAAAAGAAGAAAAUCACCGCAGUUUCCCAAAGUUGACUUUGGGCUCAACAAAAUAGAAUUCAGAAUUGGCCUAAAUAAUUACACUAUGUUUUUUUUUUUUUUCGUUUUUGCUAAAAUAUAUAAAUACUGACUUACUACUCAUACUUAACUGUAA